CGCGGAAGUGGAGAGUGUAAACAGAAGUUGACCAGCGCGCGCGUGAUGGACUCAACAGGAGAGGGGAUUGUGCUGAAAUGUGUGUUACUGGCCGCUGUCUGCAGUGUGUGUCAGUCUCUGCAGGGCGGGAUGCUGUUCCCCACAGACUCUCCCUCCAGAGAAGUGAAAGAAGUGAACGGCCUGUGGAGAUUCAGAGCGGAUCUUUCUCCGGAGCGGAACCGAGGCUUUGAGAAGGAGUGGUUCAAGAGUCCACUAGCGGAGACGGGUCCAGUAAUUGACAUGCCGGUGCCGUCCAGCUACAAUGACAUCACACAAGACUCCAAAAUCAGGGAUUUCAUUGGCUGGGUUUGGUAUGAGAAGGAAUUGUGGGUGCCUGCGCGCUGGAUCCAGGAUCAGGGAACACGGGUCAUGCUCCGAGUUGGAAGUGCACACUAUUAUUCUGUGCUUUGGGUGAACGGGGUCAAGAUGACUGAACACGCGGGCGGUCAUCUUCCCUUUGAGUCGGACAUCAGCGGCGUCCUGCGUCAGAGCACCGGAAGUGCAUGUCGGAUCACCAUUGCAGUGAACAACACUUUAACUCCAGAGACACUUCCACCAGGAACCAUCCAGUACAUGAACGAUCGCACCAGAUACCCCGCUGGCUACUUCGUUCAGAACACUAACUUUGAUUUCUUCAACUACGCUGGAAUACACCGAUCGGUCCUGCUGUACACGACACCAAAGGUGCACAUUGAUGACAUCACAGUGGAGACGUCAUUCUCUGAUAACAUUGGGCUGGUGAGUUAUAAUGUGUCCGUGUUGGGCGGCUCUAAGCCUGCUGUGAAAGUGACGCUCUCUGCAAAGGACGGCAGAUGUGUGGCUUCGGCUAACGGCUCCCGAGGAACUCUCAAGGUCACAGACGUCAACCUCUGGUGGCCGUACCUGAUGCACGAAAACCCAGGAUACCUUUACUCCAUGGAGGUUCAGGCGACAGCAGAGGAUGGACAGACGGAUGUUUACACUCUUUCUGUGGGUAUUCGUACGGUUAAGGUCACCAAUACGCAGUUUCUCAUCAACAACAAGCCGUUCUACUUCCACGGGGUCAACAAGCACGAGGACGCAGACAUCCGGGGCAAAGGCUUCGACUGGCCUCUGGUCGUGAAGGAUUUUAACCUGAUGAAGUGGAUGGGGUCCAACUCGUUCCGCACCAGUCACUAUCCCUACGCCGAGGAGAUCCUGCAGAUGGCCGACCGGCACGGCAUCGUGGUUAUCGACGAGUGUCCUGGAGUGGGCAUUAAAGAGAUACGCAGUUUCGGGAACGCUUCUCUGGCUCAUCACCUGAUCGUCAUGGAGGAGUUGGUCCGACGUGAUAAAAACCAUCCUUCUGUGGUCAUGUGGUCUGUGGCCAACGAGCCUGCGUCUGAAAUGCCGCCCGCGGGACAAUAUUUCAAGGAACUCGUGUCUCACACCAAAUCUCUGGACUCCAGCCGGCCGGUCACAUUCAUCACCAACAGUAACUACGCCAGAGAUCUAGGGGCCCCGUAUGUGGAUGUUAUUUGUAUAAACAGCUAUUUCUCGUGGUAUCAUGACCCGGGUCACACAGAGGUCAUCGGCCUUCAGCUCAGCGCUCAGUUUGAUAACUGGUUUGGGAAAUACAAGAAGCCCAUAAUCCAGAGCGAGUACGGAGCGGAUGCUGUUGCUGGUCUACACAGCGAUCCACCCAUGAUGUUCACAGAGGAGUACCAGAAGACGGUCCUGCAGAACUACCACAGCGUGUUCGACCAGAAGAGGAAGGAGUUCGUCAUCGGAGAACUGAUCUGGAACUUCGCCGACUUCAUGACGGCUCAAACCAUCGCUCGAGUGGUUGGGAAUAAGAAAGGGAUCUUCACUCGGCAGCGGCAGCCCAAAGCCGGAGCGUUUCUCCUGCGGGAGCGAUACUGGAGGAUCGCCAACGAGACCGGCGUGUUGCCCACCUGGACCAGGUAUCCCUGCCAGUGAGCGAUCCACUGUCCCUGAGCAUGCUGGGUAACAGGAACACCUGCUGGGAAUGAGCCGUUUAUCAAGUAACAGUGCCUUACACUUCCUACACCGUGACAAUCACACAGAUCUGUUGUAACGCUGGGGUUGUGUGAUGAACACAUG